AUGACGUGCAACCUGGAAUCGGCCCAGGCUCCGACCAUCAAGUGGUUCAAAGAAGCAACGGAGAUCAAGCAGGGCGGACGUUACACUUUAUCGAUAACAAAAGAUGCAAAAGGCCCCAAUUUGUAUAUAGUUGUUCUUUUAAUUCGGGAUCCGGCCGCUGCCGAUGGUGGUGUCUACAAAUGUGUCGCAUCAAACGAAAGUGGAGAAUCAAACGCAAAUAUAACACUCAAUUUCCAAGGUACAGAAAAGAAAGAAGAAACGGUCGAAAUAGAUAAGAAAGAAGCAGAGAGAAUAGAAAUGGAGAAGAAGGAAGCCGAGAAGCAGGCUGCGCUGAAGAAAGAGGCUGAAAAGAAAGAGGCCGAAAAGAAGGAAGCCGAGAAGCAGGCUGCGCUGAAGAAAGAGGCUGAAAAGAAAGAGGCCGAAAAGAAGGAAGCCGAGAAGCAGGCUGCGCUGAAGAAAGAGGCUGAAAAGAAAGAGGCCGAAAAGAAGGAAGCCGAGAAGCAGGCUGCGCUGAAGAAAGAGGCUGAAAAGAAAGAGGCCGAAAAGAAAGAGGCCGAAAAGAAAGAGGCCGAGAAGCAGGCUGCGCUGAAGAAAGAGGCUGAAAAGAAAGAGGCUGAAAAGAAGGAAGCCGAGAAGCAGGCUGCGCUGAAGAAAGAGGCUGAAAAGAAGGAAGCCGAGAAGCAGGCUGCACUGAAGAAAGAGGCUGAAAAGAAAGAGGCCGAAAAGAAGGAAGCCGAAAAGAAAGAGGCUGAAAAGAAGGCAGCAGCUCCUACUUUCGCCGACGCACCAAAGGUCGGUUUAGACGCAACCAAAAAGAACAUGACGAUCGAAUGCACUUGUACAGCCUCUGCUAAGCCUACAGUCAUGUGGUACAAGGGGAAUACUAUUUUAAGGCAAAACAUACGCUACAAAAUGCGAACAACUCAAGACAAAAACACCUAUAAGUUUUUCAUGGAUAUCAUGGGUGUCACGAAAGAUGAUAAUGGAGAAUACAAACUUGUUGUAAAAACUCCCCAAGGUGAAGCCACUGCAAACGCAACUGUGAAUCUUGAUGCAGGAGAAAAGGACAAAAAAGAAGCCGCAAACCAAUUUAAAGAAAAACCAUCAAUCAAUGUAGAAUUGGACCAAGGGAAGGUUACCUUCGAGCAGAAAGUGGAUGGCAACGAACGCCCCUCAGGCGCGGAAUGGUUUUACGGCAACACACCUUUGAAAACUGGCGGCAGAUAUACCAUGGAAAUCACCGAACGCCAGCAGAGUUACUUUGCAAAAAUGAGCAUGAAUCAGGUUACAACCAAAGAUGCUGGUACCUACAAAUGUGUCGUAAAAACACCAUUUGGAGAAGCAGUUCAAUUAAUGAAAUUGUCAUCCACACAAUUGAUUCCACCAAGAGUUAAAGGAGAAGCACCAAAGUUUAUCACAAAGCUCACUUCAAAGACAUUUACUCUCGGAGAAGCCAUGGAUAUCACCUUGAAGGUUUCGGGAACAGAACCAAUUACGACAAUUUGGUAUCAGGAUGGUUACCCCAAAGAAGCUGGAGAAUAUACAGUUGAACUUAAAAAUCCAGUUGGGUCGGUGAAAGGCUCAGCCAAAAUGACUGUCAAGGAGGAUGAAAAGAAAAAGAAAAAAGAGGAAGAAAUGAAACGAAAAGAGGAGGAAAGGAAAAAGAACGAUGAGAAAAUGAAGGCUGAGCUGGAGCAGAAGGAACUGCAGCGGAAGAAGGAUGAAGAGAGAAAGAAGGCCGAAGAUGAACGCAAACUAGAAAAGAAGAAGGAGGAAGAAGAGAAGAAAAAGAAGGAGGAGGAGUUGAAGAAAAAGAAGGAAGAAGAAGAAAAACUAAAGAAAGAGGAAGAGGAGAAGAAAAAGAAAGAACUUGAACUGAAAAAGAAAGAAGAAGAAAAGAAGAAAGCUCCACCACCCAAAGCUCCCGAGCCAGAGAAGAAAGAGGAAGCGCCCGCGCCCGCGCCCAUUGUGGUCCCCACGGUCAAUGAACCCCUCGAAGACGAUGAUGCAGGUAACAAACAAAAAUCACCAUCUCCCUCACCCCAAAUUCCUGCCUCAAACAAAGAAAUGCCAAAAAAGAGUAAGUCUCCACAGCCCUACCGGAAGCAGCCUACUACUAUUUUCGAACAUGAGGAAGUCUGGUAUCUAUCUAUCUAUCUAUCUAUCUCUAUCUAUCUAUCUAUCUAUCUAUCCACACACACACAUACCCACACACCUUUAUUGUUUCGUUUUCCUGUUUCUUCUCUUCUCUUUCACUCUGUCUCUCUUUCCCUUCCCCAUUCUUUCACUCUUUUAAGUUGGAUGAAGCGAAAGAACCUAACUAGACUAACUUUUCGCAUUUUGGCCAUGUCUGUAUCUUUACGCCUCUAUCUCUUUCUCUUUCUAUCUAUCUAUCUAUCUAUCUAUCUAUCUAUCUAUCUAUCUAUGUGUCUGUCUUUUACGGCUAACCAAGAUUUUUCUUUUAUUUUCUUCUUUGUUUCUUUUCUUUGUGUUUUCUUUCUAUUUUUCUUUUUUCUUUCUUUUUUACUUUUUUUUUCUUCCAAUCAGUUUUUGUUUUGUUCUGUUUUUUUUUCUUCUUCUGCUUCUUCUCGUGUUUGGUGCUUUGAUUUGAAUUUAUUUUUCGACUGUAUAUUUAAAUUUUAUCUAUCUAUCUAUCUAUCUAUCUAUCUAUCUAUCUAUCUAUCAGGUUAUUCUUAUAUUAUAGAUUCUCUUUCUUUCUAUAAAAAAAGAAAACGGUUUGCUGCUUCUUCUUUUAGCAAAAGACGGUUUCUUUUUGCCAUUAGACUUAUUGUCGCAUAA